UCGUCGGCCUGUCGCCGCCGGGGAUCCUCGGUGCCCGACGCCCCUUAUCCCUCGACCAAAGCCCUCGCAUAAAUAAAAACCAAAAUAAAAUAUCGGUAUCCUAACUUUGAAUCUAAUAUCAAAUAAAACCCGAAAAAUCGACAUGCAAUAAAAAGAAAAUGAACCUUCGAACUCCCUUCUCGUCGCCGUCGUUGUUGCCGUCGGUGGUGUAUGUCGUAUCGUCACCACCGCCGCCCCAUGUCGUCGUCGUCGUCGUGUCAGAGGGAGAGUUCCCUCUCGUUUCUUCUCGUCUCAGAGGAGGCGGAGGAAGCAGAAAGAGAGCUAGGGCUUUUGGUUUCUCCUGGGAGAGCAGAAAGAGAGAAGAGAGAGAGGCGGCGGUGAGUGGUGAUGAGUAGGUUUAGUUUCAGAGAAGAAGAAACGAGAAGAAGAGGAUGGUGGCGGCUGUGUUUGACGAUGGGGGUUAUGGGUUUCGCUUCUCUGGAAGAGAAGAGAGAGAGAGGAGAGAACGGCGAAAAAAAAACGAGAGAGAUAGAGAGAGGGGCGAGAGAUGAGGGUUUGAUGCGGCGGCUGUUAGGGUUAGGGUUAGAGGCAAAUUUAUACCCACCCGAAAACGACUAAACUACCCCUAGGGUUUAUGGUUUAUUACUUGGCCUUGCCACCGCGUUUUUGGUUAUUUACGAAAAUACCCUUCCCCCUUCUCUGAAAUAAAUCGAGAAAUAAAAA